AUGGACAUCCCAGACAUCCUCGAUGAUCGUCCACUUAAGACUGGAUCGACGAGGUCCUACUCGCCAACUAUUGUUCUUGACGAGGCCGCACUUGAAGCCGAGAUUCAAACAAAGAGUCUCUGUCGAGACCACGACAAUGCGCCGAAUGGCGUGAACACCAGUGUUGACCAAUUCCAGCAGCUCAACAUCAAUGGCGAGGAACGUCCUCCCAGCGAGCUAAGUACCAAGCUCUCCAACAAGGCGCUGCGCCGCAAUUUUUAUGUCAACGAACUCCCCCUCCUCCAAGCGACGAACCCCUACGACGGCACUGGACACUUAGAUCCCGUGAAUGAGGAGGAGAAUGAAGGCUCAUACGACCUCGUUGCUCCGUACGAGGGUGACGAAGCCCCACUCCACUCCCUCGAACGCCAGGCCGACGUGAUGUUCUCCUCGGAGCAUAUGCUGGUAAUCCUCAAUAAUCCGCGCUACUUGGCUCGAUUCCGCGAAUUCCUGAUCGCUGAGAGGCCGAGGUCACUCCCGACACUGACAUAUUAUCUCAACGCUUGCAAAGCACUAAAAGCAAUUCAGUAUGCCAAUGCCCUAGUUCGGCUCUCAGUCGAUGUACCUACGGCCGGCAUUGAGACAGCUAAGGAACCCGUGGGACCCACCUCAAAUGCCGCGCUUGAAGCUCGCGUGCAGCAUGCGCUGGAUGCUCUUACAGCGGAGGAGUUACCGGCAUUUAUCACUUCAAACUGUAUCAACAUUACUAGCAAGGUUGUCGAGGAGCGCAUACGAGGAACGCUCCCGGACAAGUUUCAAGGCACAGCCGAUGCGCUGGCAGAAGUAUUUUGUCUGACAGAUCCAUCACGGCCGGAUAACCCUAUUAUCUUUGCAUCUGGAGAAUUUCACCGUGCUACACAAUAUGGCAUGGAUUACGUGCUAGGGCGAAAUUGCCGUUUCUUGCAAGGUCCUAAAACGAACCCCAACAGCGUACGACGCAUUAGAGAGAGUCUUGCCGAGGGUCGGCACCACUCUGAGAUAUUCCUUAACUAUCGCCGUGAUGGUUCGCCCUUUAUGAACCUCCUUCAAUGCGCCCCACUUUGCGACAGUCAAGGCAAAAUCCGUUACUUCAUCGGUGCCCAGAUUGAUGUAUCUGGCCUGGCAAUGGAAGGAGCGCAGAUGGAGUCUCUUCAAAAUCUCAACGGAGAGACGGAGGCGCCCGAUGAUGAAUCCGUUCAAAAGCCUUUGCCCAAGAAGACUGAGUUCCAGGAGCUCAAUGAAUUGUUCAGUCAUCGCGAGUUACAGAACGUUCAUGAUCAUGGCGGUAAUUUGUUCCAUCCCGUCGUGGAUAAAUUGAACGCGACAAACAGUCGACUAUGGCUGCAAAGCCCCGAGCACGAGGGUGAACUUCGACUAAAUGGAGUAACUUCACCUGGCCCUACUCCUAGCGCGUCUUUGACGGGUGUCUACAAACAUUACCUCCUCGUCCGCCCUUAUCCAUCGCUCCGAAUCCUCUUCACAUCUCCCUCGCUUCAGAUUCCCGGCAUGCUGCAAUCUUCAUUCUUAACUCGCAUCGGCGAUUCUAGUGAGAAACGUGAGAGUAUUCUACGUGCCAUGAUGGCUGGCCGAAGUGUCACAGCCCGAAUCAAGUGGGUGAAUCGCUUCAGCGAUCAGGGUCGUUACCGUUGGAUCCAUUGCACCCCUUUGCUGGCUAAUAAUGGUGAGGUUGGUGUCUGGAUGGUAGUGGUGAUUGAUGACAAGGAAGAGGAACUUGUCCGAUGGAAAGGAAAUUGGCCGCGAACUUGA